GAUAUAAAUACUGCUCCAACAGUAGUCCUUCAGACGUGGACUUUCUUCCAAGCUCUCCUGGACCAACAUGAUGCUCGCUUUUGCUCUCGUGUCCUGCUGCCUUGUUGGCCUCGCCACAGGAUUUGUGUUCAAACCACCAUGUGAGACGCAACAACAUACGUGUUAUGCUGAGACCGAGUGCCCAAUGGGCACCGAGCCUCUGGAAUCUCUGUGCUUUAACAACGAGAUCUGCUGUGUUGGAGCUCCACAAUGUACGCCAGACCCUUGCAUAAAUGGAACAUGUGCAUUUGUCGAUGGAGCCAACACAUGCAACUGUGAUGCGGGUUUUUCUGGCCCCACAUGUGACGUUGACGCAUGUGCAGAUCCAACUAUUUGCCAGAAUGGUGGCACAUGCGAGCGUGGGACCGCCUCUCCCUAUUUCACUUGUGCGUGUGCACCGGGCUACACUGGCAACAAUUGCGAAACAGAUGCUUGUGCUGGGGUUGGAGUAUGCAUCAAUGGUGGAACCUGUAACCGCCAGGCAGAUGCACCAUUAUACAACUGUGGUUGUGCCCCGGGCUUCACUGGUGCCAACUGCGAAACGAAUUUGUGCGAACCAAACCCAUGUAACUCUGGAACCUGUGAUCAUAGUGAAAACGUCCCAGGCUACGCAUGCACAUGCACUGACAAUUACUUUGGCCUCCACUGCGAUCAAAACUUGUGUUUGGGUAACCCCUGCGAUGAAGUAGACUCGGAUGCAAACUGCACCUAUCCUGAUCCUUCGAAUGUUCAAGAGAAGAUGUGUGUAUGCAAUGAAAUAGGAGGAUUCCACGGGGAAUUGUGUGAACUCAAUGUGUGCAGUCCGGAUCCAUGCUUUGAAAGCACUUGUACAAACAUGGGCAACACAGAUUACUCGUGUGAAUGUCCUUUCAACCGCACCGGUAAAAACUGCACAGAGUCAGUUUGCCCUUCAGCUGCUUUGGAGUGUAACAGCCGAGGCACAUGUGUACCCGUUGGCGAGGCACCCACGUGUGACUGUGACGAGGGGUUCUUUGGCGAGAACUGUGAAUCCGAGGUGCCCCCAUGUGGUUUACCAAUUACCUCACGUAUCUUUGGCGGAGAAGAUGACGUACCAUCCGCUAACCCCUGGAUUGUCAAAAUCGUCCAAACUAUCACUGGCGAUGUGUUCUGUAGCGGAACCCUCGUCGGUGCGGAAUGGGUUGUAUUAGACGGCUAUUGUGCAGUAUUUUGCAAUGGUGGUUGUCAUGUCUUGCUGGGAGACUACAAUGGAACAGUAGAAGAACCCUCUCAGCUUAUCAGGAACAUGAGCGUCACUGUACACGGGAGUGCUGGCUUCAGCGACUUCGGAUCGUUAGUUGCUUUGAGUGGUGAUACUCUAGGAUACCUACCUUACAACGUGGCCUUGGGACGACUUUCCGAACCCGUUGACUUUACCAUUGGAGUCCUACCCGUGUGCCCACCGUCUGAUGCUUACAAUGUACUUCGUUCCCCCAGGAACUGCAAGGUAGCAGGAUAUGGCAAACAGAACGCAAUAGAUGUGGAAGGUUACGCCAACUCGACACUCGGCGUCCGCCAGGUUCUUGAUGCGACCAUUCUUGAUGACGCCAUAUGCGGCUUUUUGAGAGACCCAGCUCCACCUACGUCAACUCACUGCGGCUUUUCGUUAAGUGACGCCGUAGUCUGCAACGGUGACAACGGGGCUGCUUUGGUCUGCCAAAACGACACUACAGGCGUCUGGACAAUUGAAGGAACUGUAACCUAUUUGCCAGACAACGCAGAAAACUCUUGCGCUCGUACUUUCUACAUCACUGACAUGACUAUGGCUUGGACCUGGAUUCAACAGCAGAUAGAUUCGGCAGCGCCAUAGGCGGCUGUUACGAACACGCCGACGGCUUCCCGAGGGUACAGACAGGAGGCAAGCAGGGACCAUUGGUUAAUUAACUGCAAUGUACAUGUCAGCAACAGUACGUGCUUCCCAAACUGUUAACUAAACAAUAAAAUAUGCAUUUCA